CAUGCACAUUCUAUAUAGAUGCAUGUGACUAGGAAUGUUGGAAAAAGUCAAAAGUUGCACCACGUGUCAUUAAAGCAAGUGCUCAGCUACUUGGAACCACAUGAACAAGAAGACACCAAACCCGUUACUUCCACUAAAAAAAAGGGCUUUCUCCUUUUUAAUUCACACCAAAACACUUUGAACACACACAUGCAUGGAGUCAUGAACUCGUCAUGCAUUGAUUUCGUAAUGUUCAGUCGCGGACAACACGAUGAGGACAACAUGUCACGUCGUCCAUGGAAGAGGGAGAGAUCGAUGCCCACUCAGCAUCAUCAUCAUCUUAACUUGUCUCCAAACGAAGAUGAGGAGCUCGCCAACUGUCUUGUGUUGUUGUCCAAUUCAGGGGAUGCGCAUGGUGAUCAUCAUAAACAACAUGGACAUGGUAAGGCCAAAACCGUCAAGAAGCAAAAAACCGCUCAGGUUUUCCAAUGCAAAGCUUGCAAGAAGGUGUUCACGUCGCAUCAGGCAUUGGGUGGACACAGGGCAAGCCACAAGAAAGUGAAGGGUUGUUUUGCCUCUCAAGAUAAAGAAGAGGAAGAGGAAGAGGAAUACAAAGAAGACGACGACGAGGACGAGGACGAAGAUGAGGAGGAGGAAGAAGACAAAUCAACGGCUCACAUCGCAAGAAAGAGAUCCAACGCUCACGAGUGCACCAUCUGCCAUCGCGUCUUCUCUUCGGGACAGGCCUUGGGAGGCCACAAGAGAUGCCAUUGGCUAACACCUUCCAAUUAUCUUCGUAUGACGUCGCUCCACGAUCAUCACCAUUCCGUCGGUAGACCGCAGCCGUUAGAUCAACCAUCUCUCGAUCUCAACUUAGCUUGCCAAGAGUAUUCCGUUGAUCCAACGGCCAUGAGCGUAGGGAUGAUCGAGAGAGAUGGUGGUGGCAAUAGUCACAACGCCACUUCAUCUUCAUGGUUAAAACUCGCAAGUGGUGAUUGGUCUUGACGACUGACUAAUUAAUUAAGUUGCUAAUUAUAUUCUUUUAACUUUCAUUCGUUUAUAUCCUUUACAUACAAUUAAGUGCAUGAAUUUAUACACUUGUAUGGAUUUUAUAAUGAAUUACACUAUACGCCAUCUGCAGUGCUUUACUGUUUUAA